CCCCCCACCCCCAACCCUCCACCCCCCUGUGUACUGAACACUACUGGUUGCUGAAACAAUGCUGCGGUCUCUGUCGAACGUUGUCGCGCCGCGUGCGCUCGCGCGGAUGUUUGCGGCUGGCCCGGACAUGUCCAAGCUGAAGGUGACCAAGACGACAACGCCGCGGGAGAAGCUCCCGGCUGAGGAGCUUGUCUUUGGCGCCAACUUUGCCGAUCACAUGCUCGAGAUUGACUGGACGGCGGCCGAGGGGUGGAAGGACCCGGUCAUCCGCCCGUACGGCCCGUUUGACAUCGACCCGUCGGCCUCGUGCUACCACUAUGGCGGCGUGUGCUUUGAAGGCCUCAAGGCGUACAUCGACGACGACGGCUGUGCCCGCCUCUUCCGCCCGGACAUGAACAUGGCACGGUUCUCGCGGUCGUCGACUCGCCUCGGCCUGCCUGACUUUGACCAGGACGCCGUGCUCGAGGGCAUCAAGGAGCUGGUCCGCCUCGACAAGGACUGGAUCCCGCGCAAGCCGGGGUACUCGCUCUACCUCCGCCCCACCGCCAUCGCCACCCAGGAGUCACUCGGCGUCGGCGCGCCGUCGGCCUCCAAGCUUUUUGUCAUCACCUCGCCGGUCGGCCCGUAUUACAAGUCCGGUUUUGCGCCCGUCCGCCUCCUCGCCGACGAGCACCACGUCCGCGCCUGGCCCGGUGGCAUCGGCUACACCAAGGCCGGCGGCAACUACGCCCCGACCGUCGUCCCGCAGAAGAAGGCCAACGAUGCCGGCUACGCCCAGGUCAUGUGGCUCUUUGGCGAGACCGGCCAGGUCACCGAGGUCGGUACCAUGAACAUGUUUGUCCUCUGGCACAACACCGCCGGCGAGCUCGAGCUCGUCACCCCGCCGCUCGACGACGGCACCAUCCUUCCGGGUGUCACUCGCGACUCGAUCCUGCACCUCGUCCGCUCCCGCGGCGACGUCAAGGUCUCCGAGGCUCCGUUUACCAUCUACCAGAUGAUCGACGCCAUCGCCGACGGUCGCAUGGUCGAGGCCUUUGGCGCCGGCACCGCUUGCAUCGUCUCGCCCAUCGAGGGCUUCAACUUUAAGGGCGUCGACUACGACAUCCCGCUCUCUGCUGACGCCUCCAAGCGCGCCGGCGACCUCACCCACGAGCUCGCCGAGGAGCUUAUGGGCAUCCAGUACGGCCGCAUCGAGGGUCCGCCCGGCUGGUCCGUCAAGCUCGACUAGGUCCACACAGCGUGCGCCUCGCCGUCCCAAACAACUAAACACCGCCUGCA